AUGAAACUCAUAGUAUCUGGAGCUACCGGUUUGGUAGGGAGUGAGAUUAUCAGGCAAGCCUUACGGAACAGCAGUGUGACCGAGGUGGUUGCACUGGCUCGUAAGCCUGUUGCAAUAGAUGAUAGCAACGCCUCAAAAUUGAAAAAUGUAGUCAUCCGUGACUACGCCGAGUAUCCUGAUGAGGUCAAGGCCCAGCUGGCCGGAGCAGACGCAUGUAUCUGGACUGUCGCGGUUACACCUUUCCGCAGUGGGGGUUUUGAUUUCGCCGAAGUUAAGCGAGUAUGCCAGGACUGCACGUCAGCUGGAUUCAAGGCAGUCUAUGAAGCUGGACCUGCACGACCAUUUCGUUUUCUUUAUUUCAGUGCUGAGGGGACCCCACAAGACCCAUCACAAAGACCAUAUUUCCUGGGUGACUAUCAAGUCAUGCGUUGUGAGACGGAAAACAUGGUGCGGAAGUUUCAGACCCAGUAUGAAGAAACUAAGGUCUGCAUUGCUCACCCAGGAGUGGUGACAAGCUCAACUACAUGGACGAGGACUGUACUAGGUUCCAUCUUUGGUGUGGUGAAUCUAUUCACAAGGGCUUUUCCGAAUGUGAGCCAAAGUGAGCUUGCAGCUGCGGUGCUGGAUCAGGCUAUUGAUGGAUUUGACAAGGAAACUUUGUCGAACAAUGACUUGGUUCGUAUUGGUCAAUCUGUGCUUCAAAAGAAGUAA